AUGGGACGUAGAAAAAUAGCCAUCGAACCCAUCGUUGACGAACGAAACCGUACUGUAACGUUCAUCAAACGGAAAGCCGGAUUAUUCAAGAAAGCACACGAACUGGCCGUACUGUGCCAGGUAGACAUUGCGGUGAUUAUUCUGGGCUCCAAUAAUACUUUUUAUGAAUUUUCCUCGGUAGACACAGAUGACCUUAUUGACCACUACCAAAACCCCAAGCUGCAGCACGAUGCCAAAGAUCCGUCGAAUUACGGGAACUUCAGAAAAAAGGAACGGGUGGUGAUCCGGGAUCGGACCAAGAGACGGUUUGACCGUGUUGCGCCUAACAUCAACAUCAACGCCAACGCCAGCUGCUUGGACAAUCAAGCUGUUGCCAACAACAGCGCAGUGGACACAGGUGAAAUUUUGAACAGGGGCCGCAGUCAAAGCCAAAACGAUAACAGUGACCAUCUGGCGGAAGACGAUGAUGACGAUGACGACGAAGAUGACGCGGCUGACAAAAGCGACGACGACGAUGAUGACGAAAACGAUGAACACGACAACAACAAUAAUAACCCCGAGAAUAACUCCGGAUCGGUAGCUGUGGCUAUCGAUGAACGUGCGGCGCGCAAAAACAAUAGGAAACGGCGGAAAAAAUCUGUCCCACCAUCGUUUUCAAAAAUACCACCUUCAAAUUCCAGUCUAAACCCUCCCUUCAAUUCUCUUCAGCAGCAGGUACAACGCCAGUUCCACAACUUGUAUGCUGUGGCAUCGAACCCAGAAGCUGCUUCAUCGUCUACUUUUGCACAAUUCGGCACCCAGCCGAACUCUUCAUUUUCGAGAUCUAGCAUACCCGGUGCUUAUGCGGGAUUGCCACAAACGAUUGGGCCCGCGUUUAAUUCGGCAGGCCGGACUGCUAUUGGGGGCACCAACUACGCAAGCGCAAAUUCCAAGACCGCUGGACUUCAUUCCACUCCUAGCAAUAUGGAUAUCGCUGGCGAAAGCAUCCAGACAGCGUCUAGGAAAAGUUCACAGGCAAGCACCCAAGCAUUUCAAACGGAAACAAAGCCUUCACGAUCUCAAACACGAUCAACUCCCCAGUCUAUCCCAAGUAACAGUGGAACCAGCUCUAGGCCCACUUUACGUGUACAGAUACCUUCCAGUUCCGGUACUGCGAUAAAAAGUGAACCUUCAUCAGCUGCCUCUCCUGGUCGUUCUAGCGCUAAUGGUACUUCACAAUUUGCGCGUGGCAAUGCUGGCCAUAUUGAACUGCCGCGUCCAACACAAUCCAGAACCGGUACUCCUCAGUCUGCCCAUAUCCACACAUUGAGUCCUGGUUUGGAACGAAGUGACAAGAUUCACAAUUUCAUGCCUUCAUCGGGUGCAAUUGGGACGAGUGGCAGUGGAAACCCUGCGAACGGGUUUUUGUUCAAUGGUCUGCCGUCUGCCCUAAACGCUUCUCCGUCCAUACAACAGUAUUUUGCAACCCCCGUGCAACCAAAUGCUGCAGGAACAAGCACAAACGCGGCCGGGCAAGCCAUACCGACUGUAUCUCAUCCUCACGGAUAUCUGAUGCAGAAACAUAUACAAAUGGCGCAACAAGAACAACAGCAGCGGGUUCAAAACGCACCUACUUCGGAUGCAGGUCUAGGCUCUCUAGGUGGGUCACUGCCGUCCAAGUUUGCAAAUGAUUUGAUGGUAGCAUCGCCGGGCAUGUCUAUGUCCAUGUUUCAAGACUGGGGAUAUGCUCGUGCUGGCAAUGGCAAUCAUAGCUCUACGACUCAAGCGGGUGAUCCCAAUCCAAGCGCGACUUCCAAUAAUGUUGCAAAUAACAAUAGCGGGAGCGGAUUAACCCCGUAUAUCAAUGUGAACCACACUCCCCUGCUAACCAAGUAUUUUACGUUUGGAGAUCCAAGCGACGACAAAAACAAGAGAAGCUAA